CCCACAGCCUCCGCCUCGCUGGUCCCAAGGAAGGAAACGUGGUGCAGAUGGAAAGCGAAGAAAGCCGAGUGAAUCCGAUUCAUCCCUUUUUGAGGAAAACAAGUACAAGUCUUCUGGCAGCAGGCUGGACAGUUUUACAACACCAGAAGGCCCUGGACCCCUUUCCCGGUGUUCAGAUUGGGGAACUGCAGUGGAAGAAGAUGAAAUGAGGACAAAUGUUAACAAAGAAAUUGCAAGAUACAGAAGAAAACUUCUGAUCAAUGAAUUUUCAAGAGAAAGGAAGUCCUCCUCUGGAAGUUCUGAUUCAAAGGAGUCCACUGUGACAGUAGAACUUGAAACAGAUGAAGUGGUUUUGAUGAGAAGACAAAAACAGAUAAACUAUGGAAAAAACACAAUUGCGUAUGAUAGAUACAUUAAAGAAGUUCCUAGAUGCCAUCGUAUACCAGGAGUUCAUCCCAGAACUCCAAAUAAAUUUAAGAAGUACAGCCGUAGGUCAUGGGAUCAGCAAAUUAAACUAUGGAAAGUUGCACUGCAUUCCUGGGAUCCACCUACUGAAGAUGGAUGUGAUCUGCAAGAAAUUACUCCUGUUGACCUUGGUGAGAUGGAGACAGAAUCUGUCGGAAGCAAUUCUACUGAAUCUCAUACGAGCUGUCAAGAUAAUGAUGAUACCUGUUCUGGCACUCCCACCAAAGUUAGACAUGUUGACUAUGAAGCAGAAGGUGAAUUUGACUUGGAAGUGUGUUUGAGUGAACCACUUAAAGAUUUUGAUACUGUGAGUUAAACAGUCUCUUGCAAAGUGUUUUAGAAGUUUCUUUUAAAUUUGAGA